GGUGGCCUGAUAACAACCCCCUCCCCUCCCUUGCACCAAUCAGAGCCGGUCUCGACAGCCCAGCUGAACCAAUCAGCGGCCAGCUGCUUGAAGCCGACUCUCACUUUCUAGACAGGAAAAGCUGCGGGCACAGCCAAUCGGGGUACAGCUGCCAGCAUCUGGGGCGUCUGGCUGCCGUUGUCGUGCCAUGGACACCUUCCUAGACAGGCUGCGGGAAGCGCUGGGUCUGUAGCUGCCUGGAUCCCCCCCACCGGUUGGAGCCACAGGCAGCGUCCAGGAGAGCGGCUGCCGCAGCAUGGGGAUUCAGCCGGUCAGCACAUAAUGCUCCCAUGCGCCUCCAUCGGCCCUGUCCCCGUGAAGCUCCUUCUCUGCCGUGACUUCCUUGGCCAUGUGCAAGAGAAGACUUCCUGCUCGACGGAUCUAAAAUGUGACCUCCUGGAGCACCAUGGAGUCCUGCGUGGUGGUAGCGGAGUGCGACUCUCCCCCCAGGUCCACAGCAGGCCAGCCGGAGGGGCUGGCGGAUGAGGAACCCAUGGAGCCGUGCGAGGAGCAGCGCCUUCUGGGCCCGGUUCCUGGAGGUCGUGAAGAACCAGGCCCGGCCGACCCUCCGAGGGCUUCCUCCAGAAAGACCAGGGAACCUUGGGUCAAAGUCAACCUUUCAAGUCGCAAGCUGUCUCUGCAAGAGAGGUCUCCCUCCGUCCAGUCCCCCAGCGGGAACAUGGGGGUCAACGGGCGCUACAUUUACCCUUCCCUCCCUUACUCCCCCGUCACCUCCCCACACUCUUCCCCACGUCUGCCCCGCAGGCCCACCAUCGAAUCCCACCGAGUUUCCAUCACCGGAUUGCAGGAUUGUGUGCAGCUCAAUCAAUACACUCUGAAGGAUGAAAUUGGAAAGGGCUCCUAUGGUGUUGUGAAGCUGGCAUACAAUGAAGAUGACAACACUUACUAUGCAAUGAAAGUGCUUUCCAAGAAGAAGCUGAUGAGACAAGCGGGUUUCCCACGCCGCCCUCCUCCUCGGGGUGCCAAACUGCCCCUGGAAGGCUUCUGCCAACCCAGAGGACCCAUUGAGCAGGUCUACCAAGAGAUCGCCAUCUUGAAGAAGCUGGACCACCCAAACAUUGUCAAGCUGGUGGAGGUACUUGAUGACCCCACGGAAGAUCACUUAUACAUGGUGUUUGAACUUGUGAAAAAGGGGCCGGUGAUGGAAGUUCCCAAUCUGAAGCCUCUUACUGAAGACCAAGCACGAUUUUAUUUCCAAGACCUGAUCAAAGGCAUUGAAUACUUACACUACCAAAAAAUUAUCCACCGGGACAUUAAACCUUCCAACCUUUUGGUGGGCGAAGACGGACACAUCAAAAUUGCCGAUUUUGGCGUGAGUAAUGAAUUCAAAGGAUCGGAUGCCCUGUUGACCAACACGGUGGGCACACCAGCAUUCAUGGCCCCAGAGACGCUUUCCGAAACCAGAAAAAUAUUUUCAGGAAAGGCUUUAGAUGUCUGGGCAAUGGGAAUCACGCUGUAUUGUUUUGUCUUCGGACAGUGUCCUUUUAUGGAUGAGCGGAUCCUUAGUCUACACAGCAAAAUCAAGAGCCAGAUGCUGGAAUUUCCGGACCAACCAGACAUUUCUGACGAACUGAAGGAUCUAAUAACCCAGAUGCUGGACAAAAAACCCGAAUCCAGGAUCACCAUCCCAGAAAUUAAGCUGCAUCCGUGGGUCACCAAGAACGGCAUUGAGCCGCUGCCGACCGAGGAUGAAAAUUGCACGCUGAUCGAGGUCACCGAAGAAGAGGUGGAGAAUUCAGUCAAGCACAUUCCCAGCUUAGCCACCGUGAUCCUGGUAAAGUCCAUGAUCAGGAAAAGAUCCUUUGGGAAUCCGUUUGAGGGGAGUAGAAGAGAAGAAAGAUUUCUUUCCGCACCAGACCGCCAGACAUACUUGAUCAGAAAACAGAGCAGCGAAGAGGCAUUCCACACCAUGAACGAUCUGCCAAACGUGAGCGAAGACGAACUGCUUUCUUGAAAAAAGAAAAAAAACCUGGCCCUUCCUGUAAGAGAGAUCCUGCUUAGCUCACCGUGCCUGGUCUGCGAAAAGAAGGCGUCCUGCAGACGGUUGAGCCGGCUUGCCUUGCAGGACGUCGGUCCAUUGUUUAAAUACCAAAUGUAAAGAUUUUCGUGACAGCAUGCUGUACAGAUCAGAAUCCAUUCUAUAACCAUCCAAAAAGAUCUCUGCUGAUUAAAGACAGGAUGUGGAACCCAGAAGAAUGGUCUUCAGGCUCGCUGGUGGUCAUCCCCCAGCGGUGAAGCAUCGUGCCGACUUUCCAGAAAAAAAGAAGAAGCAAAGAACUCACCAAAAUAAAACCAAGUUUGGGAAGAAACCUAUGUCUGCUCAGGCCAAAUCCUUUGCAAAAAAAAAACCCGAUCCAAUUUUUUUUAUCAGUGGAUGGCUAAACCAUGGUGCUUCUUGCCAAAUGAGGAUCGAGAAAGCGCUUGCUUUUGGGUGGGUUUUUUUGUUUUGUUAAUAAUUAUUAUUGUUAUCCCUUUUUACUGCAUGGAAACCAAACCAAUGUAACACUGAGGAAGUAUUUGCGGAAUGCUUAGCUUUUUGUGAGCAGGCGAUUGAGUUUUAAGAGCGGGUUUUUUGAAAACUCUUUGAGUUUUUCCUGAGUCCGAAGAGAAAGGCGGAAGGGACGCACACUGGCAAAGGGCAAGAAUGGUGCAUUUGAAGAUGGGUUGUGCAGUUGCGUUCAAGCACAAAUUGCCAACAUGCAUUUGUUUUGAUGCAGCAGUCUGCUUGGCUGGCAAAGCACAGGUUCGUAUUUACUGAUCAUAAUUCUACUUUAUAUCUGUGUUAUUGUAUGGCUAUGUACACAAAAUUCAGGGUUUUAUAAAUAGUAGCCAUCCGGUGCUUGCUGGCAUGUUUCAAAUAAGUCAAAUUACUUUCAAGGAUGGGCGUAGAGAUUCCGCAGUUUUUCAAGACUCCAAGGAUUUAAACCAAAACCAGAUUUUUGAUGUUGAGCACUUUUCCAACUUAUUAAGUUCCUCCAGACUUCUGGAUAGAAAGCAGUCAGCAUCGUGUGUUCCAGUAGAGUCACAGCUCCUAAAGGAUGGAAUUGUUGUGGCAAGCCUAGGGGAUCCCGACGUAUUCUGAACCUCACCUGUAAUCCUUUUCACAGAUUAACCUUGCUCGGAAGUAAUAAGGCUCAUUAAACUCUUUGCAUCUGCUUUUUUUUAAAAGCAGCCAAGAAUUUACGCAUGGAAA